UUGGAUGUGACAAACAGGGAGAAGAGAUUUCAGCGGGGCUGCUCGCUGCCCGGCUCAAGUGGUGGGAGGUGGAUUGUGCAUGCAUGCAUGUGGAGAUGUGUGUGCGUGCCCGCGUGUGCCUGCGUGUGCAUGCACACAUGCCCUUCACCCGCCAAGGAUUUGACUGCUAAACUGCUAAAAGACAGAUCUGCUCUCUCCCCAGACCUCCUUCACCCGCAGCCUCUCUGACCAUCCCGUUGGCAGAGACCCGCAGGCCAUGAGGACCGGUCAAAGACAGUGAGAGGACGUGAAAGGGUAAAUCCCUGUACCCCGCAGUCUUAUCUCCCGCCCUGACGUCCCUGCACACCGGCCAGAGGGUUAACCAUAAGCGGGUGCCUGUAUGGCCGCCUUACUGAUGCCACGCAGGAACAAAGGGAUGAGGACUCGACUGGGAUGCCUGUCUCACAAGUCAGACUCGUGUAGUGAUUUCACAGCGAUUCUUCCUGACAAGCCCAACCGUGCUCUGAAGAGACUUUCCACAGAAGAAGCCACCAGGUGGGCCGAUUCCUUUGACGUGCUUCUCUCCCAUAAGUAUGGGGUGGCUGCAUUCCUCGCCUUCUUGAAGACCGAGUUCAGCGAGGAGAACCUGGAAUUCUGGUUGGCCUGUGAGGAGUUCAAGAAGACCAGGUCAACUGCAAAACUGGCCUCCAAGGCCCAUAGGAUUUUUGAGGAGUUUGUGGAUGUGCAGGCUCCGAGGGAGGUAAACAUAGACUUCCAGACUCGAGAGGCCACGAGGAAGAACAUGCAAGAACCAUCCCUGACUUGCUUUGACCAAGCGCAGGGCAAAGUACACAGCCUCAUGGAGAAAGACUCUUACCCCAGGUUCCUGAGGUCCAAAAUGUACUUAGAUUUGCUGUCCCAAAGCCAGAGGAGGCUCAGCUAGACCUCAGAUGGGGACUCUUGGAGAUCGCUGGCUUUCCCCGCCCCUUGCUGCCAAGACCAUAUUCUAAUGUGAAAUGUCAGGGGUGUUCUAAAGCAGUGGUGUUUAGGUUGGGAGGCUGGGGUGAGGAGGGGAUGAGGGGCCAUUCCAAAGUGUAAUUCAGUCACCAGAACUGGGAUUCUAUUUUAUUUACCCAUGUUUAUGUUUUGGUUAGUGGUAGCACCUGGCUGCACUCAUCCUUCUCUGGGUCAGUAACUUGCCCUCCAUAAUGCCUUGGGUCAUCUCCACUGAGAAGGUAGAUUCGCUAGGCCGGGCUAACCAGUAAAUAAUAGAAAUGCAGUUUCCAUAACCCCCAUACCCUCCUCCAUUAGGAUUCCUGACACUCUAACUUGUCCUAUACCCCUGUGAGGAAGAGUUAGAAGACUGGCUCACACCUGUGAUUUGCUAUCACAGUGUAACAGCCAGUUCCGGGUGCUGGGGCCUCACAGUUUAGGAGAGAGGUCCCUGUGGAAUCCCGGGUCUCUAGAACUAUCAUUGAUAGGUGACCCCUGGGAGAAGGGGCAAACUCCAUGGAGUUGGCCGUUUCUUCCAUUUCCACAGGACCAGUGUGCAAGGCUGUGCUCACUGCCCAUCUUAGUCUAGGAUAUUCACAAGACUCCCCUACCCUUGCAAGACCCUUCCAGAAAGGGUCUUGGGAGAUGUCCCUCACAGCUUCUGAUGCGGAGCUGCUAUUAAGAAAGCUACAGCUUGCCUAUCUUCCUACCUUCUACCAAGAAGUUUCCCAGAAGUUGAACAACCAGGAAAUGUAGCACCAGUAGACCUUUCUGCAGUGGGGCACCAUAUAACCUUUCUGCUGCUUAAUGUACUCUCUGCCCUCGCUUCCCUGUGGCAUCACACAUCACCGAUCUCUUAGAAUGACAGACAGCUUGGCAAAGGGAGGCGAAUUCCCAUAGCAUGGACAGCUCUCACGGUGCCUACUGCUCUCCCUGUCUCUCUCUGUCCCCCCUCCCAGGCAGGUCAUGUAAUUAUGAUGGGGGAGAAUGGGAACUUAGGCCAUAACUCUUUCCCAGCUUGCUUCCUGGGAGCACGCUUUCUUAGAAAGGCCCUUCUCAUGAGGGCCACCUUGGCUAUUCAGCAGCUUCCUUUUCGAUUUCUGACCUUUUGGGAUUGAACAUGAGGCUAAGAAGAUCACUGUGAACAUUUGCUUGUGGAGAAUCUUCCUAAAAUGCUUUCCUGGUACCCUGGGGCUGCUCUUGGAAAUAUGUCAAGAAAGUCUUUCUUAGAGGAAGAACCAGGCACAUGGAACCUACUCUAGCUGCCCAGGAAAAAGCUGACUCUGGCACAAGACUGCGGUGCCAAGGAGAUGAAUCCUCAGCAGAGAGACCAGAAACUGGAAGAGGGCCCUGGAAGAGGCUGGUCUCUGGGUGAACUGAAUCACAGAGAAUGUGGCGAAGGAACCACUGGGAUAAUUCAAAGUCAAUGGAUUGGGAGGCAUGGCAGAUCUCCAAAACAUUUAGUUUGACUAAAUGGAACAGCGUCUGACUAGAUGUAAGCCCUGGAGUGCAGGUGAUUGAGAACUGGGCUGAAGCAUUCUCCUCCUGUGGGGUGAUGGGCCUUUUUAGACAUGCGGGGAUCCCAGUGUUUCCAUUCCUGUCCAGAAUUGUGCGAAUCUCUUCCUUCCUUGGCUGCAGCUAGACAAGGCCAGGAAGGCUCUCGAGUCCCACUGGUGUUGGGUGCACUGCCCUGCCAUGGCACAUCGUAUCCAUGAGUGAGGAUUGGUGUGCCGGUAUGAACCACCGAGGAGAAAGAGAACUCAUGCCUAUAGUUCUCACACGGGAGACACCAGUGGAAUUUCAUGUUCAAGAACUCUGAAGCCUCAAGUGGUGUUUCUAGUUAGAUCAGGAAGUAAGUAUUCCCUUGCCCCCACUGGUAAAAAAACACCCCAUCCGUAGCUAAAGCUGCCAAGAUUAAUGUAAUGAUCAAAUUCUCAAACAGGGUAUUUUAAACAUUGUUUACAUACGAAAUGUGCAUCUGCUGCCAACUCUACUGUCGAAAAUGAGGUGCAUAGAAAUUGGAACAGCACGGAGUUAUGGAAAUCUGAAACGUUCUAAGAGGGGCCUUUUUACCACUUCCACUAUCCCCAGGAGACAAGUCUGAACAAGAGUGUUGUGCGGUGGCCUCACUGGGGCCCUAGAGUUCUUGCCAACUGUUGGUGGAAUGAAGGCUUCAGAUGGUGGUGUCAUGGCGCCUGGUGACUUCCUCCCACGAUGGGGAGGCAUGAAGGACCAAGCUUGGGUAUCCUGAAUGUUGCCGCUAAGCGAGGGUAUGUGGGCAUGUGUGGAGGAACAUGAUCGCUGUUUAUGGUACUCCCAUGGAGUGUGAGUGUGUGUAUGUGUGUGUGUGUGUGUGUGUGUGUGUGUGAGAGAGAGAGAGAGAGAGAGAGAGAGAGAGAGAGAGAGAGAGAGAGAGAGAGAGAGAGAACUGUGAGCAUUAGACUAGUAACCACAGAGAUGGUCUUCCCGUGGGAUGGAGCUGUCCGCACACCUGUAUGUCCUGCUUCCCACAAAAGGCACAGAGCUCUGCGCUCUCGUGCCUACUUUCAGGCACUUUGGUGAUGCCAACCCAGAUUUUGGUCUGAGACAAAACAAAGAGAAAUGUUUACAACAUCUAGAGCAAUAUCCAAGCAUACCUCAUCCCCCACCUUCCACCUCCCGGUCCUGCCUGUCCUAUUUCCUCUUCCACAAGCCCUCAUCGCCUCGCCUUCGUAGGUGGGCCCCCAAAAGGGACCACUUCUUCCAUUUAAAGUCUUCCUUUUGCUUCUGCGGUCGGCUUGUGCUGUGAACUGCCUUCUGGGCUCCAGGCGUGCUCUGUGCCUGGGACCUUUGAAGGCCAGGCAAAUCUAUGACUUUCAGGACCGUUCUCCAAUGUGAGUGGCCUUUUGGCCCCAUUUGACUGUCAAACUGUUUGGGGGCUGGUGUGGAAUUUCCUGUUGCCCUUGGCAAACCAAACAGAGCCGUAAUCAGUGACAGCCAUUCACAGCCCCGGGCACCACUGGGGUGAGGAAGGGCCCUCGAGCAAUAUUUAUUAUUAAACGUGAGCUUCAAGGAAACUGGCCACCCGGGAAAGCCUGUUACAAGUUCUAAUUCCCAGGUUCCACGCCCAGAGAUGCUGACCCAAUAGACCUAGGGUGGGACCCAGAAGUCUGCAUUUUUAAUGCGCUCCUAGGUGCGUCGUGAACCACACUUUGAAGAGAGAUGGUCUAAGAUGGUGGCUCUCACCCUUGGCUGCUCAUUGCAAAUACCUGGGGGAGUUUUAAAAACCCAAAUGUCCAGGUCCCAUCCCAGAAUAGCUUGGCCCUGGGACCCAAAGCAUUAGUAGUUUUUGAAGCUUCACAGGUGAUUCCAAUGUACAGGUGAGGUUAGGAAGCAGGGGCCUGAGGAGUGAGGAGGACACGGCUGAGCAGGAAACACCACUGUGCGGGCCAGAGGGCUGGAGCCUCCCGCCUCCCCCC